AUGCGCGCGUCGUCGCUGUCCUCCGCGUUCUCUGUUCUUCCUCCUUUAUUAUUUAAAAGUAACCGUCGUAAACUUUUGCUUAAUAAAAGACACCGGUAUUGCAACACGUAUUCCAUUAAUGUUGUUUGUGAGGAAGCGUCGUCUCCGUUCCAAUGCGAACGGUGCUCAGAUACGGGAUACCAAACGUGCCAAACGUGCGAAGGGUUCGGCUCGCUCCCUUCUGGCGGCUUCUCCUCGAAAAAUUCCAUCAACUUUGACAAAGUUCUCGGGACCAAUUGGACGGCGCUUCUGCGAACAAAAGGGUGGAGACAUUUCGAAGCGACGGCGAAACGAGUGGAUUCUGAGACGAGAAGCAAAUUCGUGACGUUAUCCGCCACGUGCGACCGCGAACAAACGAUUGAAGUUCCACUGGUUGAAUUGAAAAAUCGAGAGAAGUGGGCGGCGGGAUGGCAACAAAAGGAAAACAUAGAGUGGGACAAUGAAGCGCGGGACAAUUCUGGGGCGUUGAUUGGGAAACCGAAACGGUCGCGGAAGGCGUGUAAACGGUGCCAAGGCGAAGGGAAAAUUGUAUGCGCGGGCGGGAAGAAGUGUAAAGCCGGGAAGGCGAUGCAGAGGCAAAAGUUGAUACAGAUAUCGGUGGAAACUCGUCUGAAGGAACUUUCCAAGAGCGAGGAGGCAGACGUGGAGACGAAGAGGAAAGCGAAGAAGGCGGUGAAGGAGAUGGCGAGGGUGAAGGAAAAAGAGGAGCAGAGGAAACGAGAGUUGAAGAGUCGCUUUGGCGGUAACGACGAGGAGGAGGAUACGGAAGAGGACAUACCGAGUGGCAUCAAAACGAAGAAUACAAGGAAGAAGGAACGCACCGACGCGGACGGAAAUUGGGCCGACGCCAGAUUACGAAAACGAGACGAACUUUUAGAAAAGUGGAUUCAAGGCGGUUCUUCGGCCUCGGGGAGCGACGACGAUAGGCAAUAA